CACGCUGCAGACAGGGCCACCCCCCUCGAUUCAACUAGCUAACUCAGACAGGCAUGACUUCAUGUUGAUUGUACUUUGGAUGCUGUAAUGCAGUCAAAAGCCAGCCAUAUCCACGUUUGAUUUGCACACUGUUUCGUUAUUGUAGGUAUUAUUAUUAUUAUAUUAUUAUAAACAUUCCGCCUCCCGAAUGGCAGAUGAGAUGCCGGGUAUGAAGACGCAUGGAGUUGGAGUCUUCUUAGAGCUGAGAACAAGGCUUCAGGGUGGACUACUCAUUGUCGGGAAGGACGUGGGCAGGAGUCCUGCGGACGUGGCCGUGACGGGCGGAGAGCGCUCCCUCCACGUCCGCACUCCUCGGGGCGAGCUGAGCGUGACUUUACCUGCAGGAGUCGCCUUCGAGCCGGGAUCCUGCGUCCCGACGCCGGCCGGAGAUUCCUGCGGAGGGGAGGAGCUGCAUUUCAGGAUGCGAAUCGGCGUCUCACGAAGCAAAGAGGCGCCUGACAGAGUGAUGGAGACACUCCGGGCUGAAGAGACUUAUUGCUUCCACUGCCAGAGCUGCGAGACCAGGCUGCUGGAGGACAGAACGUUCAAGCGCGUCCUUCCCCUGCCCAACGGCAACUGGAACGCCAUCGUGGACGACUGGUGUUGCCACCCGGACCCCUUCGCGAACAGGAAGCUGCUGCCCCGGGCCGAGGAUUGUCUGCUGGGCGACAGCUUCAUCCUGGUGGCCCGAGACGGCGGCUGCGAACACACUCUCACCCAGGAAGUGAGUCCGGUCGGAGCGGACGACGGCCAAGACCCGAAGAAACCCUGCCGCAGACACGCAGUCAUCUCUUGUGCGAGCUGUUCAUCAGUGCUGGGAGAGGCUGUCGCGCCAGAUACCAUAAAGCUGUACAUCACGCAGGUGUUGGUGGAACCCGCCGUGGGAGACAGAAAACCAGAAGCUUCUGUUAACAGAUCUCUGUUCCUGGAGAGGACGGUAGCGGCCAGGCUGCUGCACCUGUCCAACUCGCUGAGCUCCUUCCACUUCACGGUCCAGACUCCUGAUGGAAAAGCGUUCUUACUGCUCUGGCUGCUGAACAGCGACUCCAUCAUAGCAUCCGUCUCUGAGACAUGUGUCGGCGGUGAGGGGUCCGUCAGCCCUUCACAUUCCCCUGAUCUUCACAGCCCGUCACCCAGAGCUGCCAGAGCCCUGAAACUCCUCUACAUCACUUGCUCCGACCCAGACAUCCAGCAGAGAGAGGUCGUAACUAGUUGGGAGGCCAAUGUCAUUGGACAUCCCGUGGUGCUGCCGCUGAAGGUGUGCGAGGAGCUGCUGCAAGUGAUAGAUGACAGCAACUCGGCGCUUCCUGCGUCGAUGCGUCGCAUGAGGUCCUACGAGGUGGCCUACCUAAGACUAUGAGAUCACAACCAAGAAGCCAGUUGGUCAUGACGACUCGCAUCACUUCAGGAGAGAAUUCAAAAGCUGCUGGGACAACUGAGAGACCCAACUCAUGUGAAUAGGUUCUGUAUUUCUGUAAGUUUUCCCACUGCAGAGCAAAAUCCAGCAGGCGUGCAACAGCUUGUUGAGUCUGUCGUGCAGUAGUUUCUGGUUGCAUCUGUUAAAAUGUUUGGUGGCGUGUCAUCACCCGCAAGCAUAUUUGUCUUGUAACAGGAUCCUGCCCGUUCCCAGACAUAUUAACACAUGUGCAGUAAAUGCAAACCUGGAAGAACAUCUGAGUCGCUGUUUGUCACAUCUAUUUAAGCUGUAAUUAAAAUGUAUCAUAAGGUUUCGGGGGGAAAAAAGUGUAUGUACAAUUUAUGUCCGACAACUUUUUUACCAUGUUCAACAACAGAAACAAUUAAACUGUUUUUGAAA